CGGCGAGUCUGAGGGCUCAGACAGUGACCGUCAUCGCGUUUGGUUGGUGUGAGCAGUCAUGUCGGAGCAGGAGUCUCUGAAGAACUCCAGCGCGAGGAACCGCGGAGGAGUGCAGCGGGUGGAGGGCAAACUCAGAGCCAGUGUGGAGAGAGGAGAUUACUAUGAGGCCCAUCAGAUGUACCGCACAUUAUUCUUCAGGUAUAUGUCACAAUUGAAGCACGCAGAGGCCCGAGAGUUGAUGUACAAUGGAGCAUUGCUCUUCUUUAGUUAUAAUCAGCAAAACAGUGCUGCAGAUCUGUCCAUGCUGGUACUAGAGUCACUGGAGAAAUCUGGGGCCAAAGUAGAUGACCACACACAAGAGCAUUUGGCGAAACUCUUCAGCCUGAUGGACCCGAACUCCCCCGAGCGAGUGGCGUUUGUCUCCAGAGCGAUCAAGUGGUCGUCAGGGGGGUCGGGGAAGCUGGGCCACCCCAAACUACACCAGCUGCUCGCACUCACGUUGUGGAAAGAGCAAAACUACAGUGAAUCACGCUAUCAUUUCCUGCACUCGUCCGACGGAGAGGGUUGCGCGCAGAUGCUGGUGGAAUAUUCAUCAGCGCAGGGAUUUCACAUGGAGGUGGACAUGUUUGUAGCGCAGGCCGUCUUACAGUUCCUCUGUCUAAAAAAUAAAACAAGUGCGUCGGUGGUGUUCACCACAUACACGCAGAAGCACCCGUCUAUAGAGAAGGGCCCUCCGUUUGUUCAGCCUCUGCUCAACUUCCUGUGGUUCCUCCUGCUGGCUGUGGAUGGUGGGAAGUUGACAGUCUUCACAGUGUUAUGUGAGCAAUAUCAGCCAUCACUGAAGAGAGACCCCAUGUACAAUGAGUAUCUGGACAGAAUAGGACAGCUGUUCUUUGGCGUGCCACCUAAACAGUCAUCAUCAUAUGGUGGAUUGCUAGGAAACCUGUUGAACAGUCUAAUGGGCUCGGGAGAGGACGAGGAGGGUGAGGAAGCUCAGGAGGACAGCAGCCCUAUUGAGCUGGACUAGAACGUCCUGGACCGUCACCAAUCAGCCCCGUACCAAACCAUUCACUGAACUGGACGGUGACCAAUCACGCAUCCGUUUGGGCACUUUUUUCCAGUAACUCUUUCCUGUUAUUGUUGGACUUUGUUCUGUGUAUAGUUUUUAAGAAUGAAGGUGCAGCAUUAUCAAACCUCCUGGACUUUCUGUCGAACAAAAUUUGUAAUGAGAAGAGACAGACGCACAUCAAGUGUCAUCGUGACGCCCUCCAUUUGUAGUUCUGCCGAGCUGCUGGUGUCGGGGGCCCUCGGUUGUGAGAGGGGCCCCGCUGUUACUUUCCUGUCCCACCUCGGGGGUGAAAGUAAACCAUUGUAUUAUUGAAACUAAUUAAACUACUCUAACUUAUAAUCCAUGCUGAUGUACUUUGAUGAAUUCUACAGGAUGAUGGUUCUAUCGGAACUAGGCUCGGUUCUGCGUGUCUGUGCACAGGGAUUUAAUGGUAUCCUCGACAGGACAAUUCACCGCUUCUUCUGUUACAUUGUAUGUGUGAAGAUGAGAAAAGCACAGAUCUUAAAAGGAAACAAAUGAUGAAUGCAUUGGAGCAUGAAUGUGCCAUAAUUCACUCCCUGCUCGAGUGUAAUUGAGCUUAAUAAAAGGAUAGACAUGGAUAUAACAAA